GCGCUGAACCUGCAAAAAUGAAGCUGUCACUUAACCCACUAUUUGAAACGCCAAAAACGACCUAAAACAAUUAAUAGAGAGAGAGAGAGAGAGGCGUGUGGAAUCUUCAAUCAACCAAAGGACCAGAGGAAUCCCAAAGCCUGCCCUUCUGGCCUCCUUUUGUUUUGGCUCUUUCCCAAUACCCACCAUUAUUAUUGUUGGAUUCCCCCUCCCUUUCCUUCCUUCUACCCAACGUUUUCUGCCUUCCAUCUUUCUUUCUCUUUCCCUUUCUCUUUCGCUUUCCUUCUGUCUUUCCUUCUUUCUUCCUUUUUCUCCCUCUCCAAACGCCUUCAUUUCUGUUUUCUUCGCUUUUCUGCAUAUAAAUCUCUCGCUGUUUAACGCGACACGCCCCCACAAAUCUAAAGCUCCCCCCGCCUAAUCAGGCCGCGGUUGAUAUUCGAGAUCGUAGUCCUGUGAUACAUACAGAUCGAAGGAGACAGACAUGGCGGAAGAGCAGAGGUGUCAAGAAGGCCACCGCCUGUGCGCCAACAACUGCGGAUUCUUUGGAAGCCCGGCGACGCUUAACCUCUGCUCCAAAUGCUAUGCAGAUUUUCGCCUGAAAGACGAGCAAGCUGCCUCCGCCAAAUUGGCCGUCGAGAAGACCCUAUCCGCCACCACCACCACCACCACCAUGACGAUCGCCGCUUCAUCAUCAUCACCGGCUUCUCCUCCUUCGUUCACGGCGUCUCCAGCGUCUCCGUCCUUCCCGGCUGUGACGUCACCGGACGCAUCCGGCAGGAGGCGGAGCCAUGCGUCGACGGAGAUGGCGGAGGACGGGAAGGCGGAGGUGCCGCCGGGCAGGUGCUGGACGUGCCGGCGGCGCGUGGGGCUAACGGGGUUCAAGUGCAGGUGCGGGAUGAUAUUCUGCGGCGGCCAUAGGUACCCGGAGAAGCACGGCUGCGCGUUCGAUUACAAGGCGGCCGGGAGAGAGACCAUCGCGAAGGCCAAUCCUCUUGUCGUGGCUGAGAAGCUUCGCAAAAUUUAAUCUGUAUAAUUGUGGUUUCUUGAGAAUAUAACUGCGGUGGCGUCGCCGUGAAGCGGUGAAUGAUGGUGUCGCCGCCGUCCUUCGGCCGUUGGCGCGUGGAUGUAAUAAUAUGGGUCUCGGGUUUGCUUGUAGUGCAUGUAUAAUAAUAUGGGCUUUCAUUUGUUUUAUACAAUUAAUUGUUUUUCUAUUUUUCAAAAAAAAAAUGAAAAAAUUGAAAUAUUCUGUGUUCAA